UUGGAUUGUCAGUGUGCGUGAGUGUGUUUGCAACCUGUAUAGGUUUGGUUGGGUUUAUUGGGAGUUUAUGUUUUUGACUUAAGUAAUUACGCCCCUCUGUUAAAUAAUUUUUAUUUUUAUUGUAAGUUAUAAAUGGGCACAGACAAUCCUCUUAGCAAUGUCGAAAUUGAAUUCAAGGAAAUUGAUUCCAAGAAGGGAUGGGCGCAAUUCUAUCAGGAAAUUAGAGCAGAUAGCUCUAAAAAUGACUUUACCACAUUAGCUGCUGUAAAGAAUAGAAACAAAAAUCUUAAUCGGUACAGAGAUGUUAGCCCAUAUGACCAUAGUCGCAUUGUUUUGUCGAAAGGCAAGUGCGAUUAUAUUAAUGCCAACUUAAUAAAGUUGGAUAUGGCCCAGAGGCGGUAUAUUUUAACUCAGGGACCCCUUCAACUUACAACUGGCCACUUUUGGCUUAUGGUAUGGGAACAAAACAGCAAGGCAAUAAUAAUGUUAAACCGAAUUAUAGAAAAACAUCAGGAAAAGUGCCAUCAGUAUUGGCCUUUAGGGAGUCAUAAUGGGGGUGAUGAUACUUUGAUAUUAACUGAUGUCGGAUUACAAGUGGAUUUCAUUUCAGAAAAAGAAUAUUCCUAUUAUACUACAAGAAUAUUGAGAUUGAAGGAAAUUGAUAGUGGUGAGCAAAGAGAGAUCCUUCAAUUCCAUUAUACGACAUGGCCCGAUUUUGGAGUUCCCCAAAGCCCUACUGCUUUCCUAAGGUUCCUGUGUGCAGUGAGGCGGAGUGGAGCUCUUUCACCAGAUGUUGGACCACCAGUUGUCCAUUGCUCUGCUGGUAUAGGACGUUCCGGUACUUUUUGCCUUGUUGAUACGUCACUCGUGUUGAUGAAGAAAAAUGGUAAUAAUAGUGUCAAUGUUCGGGACCUGCUGAUGGAAAUGAGGAAAUACCGAAUGGGCCUCAUACAAACUCCUGAUCAACUGAGAUUUUCUUAUCUUGCCAUCAUUGAGGGUAUUAACAGAAUUGAUUGGGAUUCUCCGAAUGAUAAUGACGUUAUUGAAGAUGAUGAAAAUCAAAAUACACAGAGAAUAAGUAGCUCAGAAUCAGAUGAAGAACCACCGCCUUUACCACCCCCCAGAGGCGAAUCUCUGAAUUCUUCAAGGCCUCCAGACCGUCCUCUUCCCUCUGAACCAGUUAAUCAUCAAGUGUCUUAUGAACCCGAUGCGUCAGAAGGGGUUAGAGAGAGGAAGAGGAAUGAUUCACAGAAGAAGACAGCAGAGACGGUCGCUGAGAUGAAGAGAAAGCAGGAAAAAUUUGAGAAGUGGCGCAGAGUUAAGAGGUCUCUGUUACAGCCAUUAAGUCUUGGUCUCGGGGCUAUCCUCAUUGGAGGCACUGCCAUUGCUCUUUAUAUAUAUACUACUAGGCCGUGAGGCAUCCAUAUCCUCCUCCCUUAUUGAAUUAUGUAUAUAUUAUUAAGCCUCCCCAGUUAAUCCCCGUAUUAUUGUUUUAGUUUAAAUUAUUUAGCUUAAUAUGUUUUAUUCUAAUAGUAUACCAUCUCUUUCCACUGUUUUCUCUUGUUUGUUUUCUGUUUCUUCAAUCAAUGGCUGAGAUCUUUUUGAGUCGUCUCAAUUUUAAUAUAAAUUUAUUUAUUGAUUGUUAAUUUAAAAAAUUUGUUAAAUCCGAGCUUGCAUUUAAAUUAUUAAUUUAAUUGGUAC